AUACAUCGAUAUAGAUUUGUAUCAAAAUAAUCCGAAGCUAUUUAUAAAUAUUAUUUUCUCAGCUUUUACUUAUGUUCAAACGUUAAUAGUAACGUCUGAUCUAUAAUUAACUUGUGAAAGUUUAUAAAUAUUACAGUAUUCCAUGGUGAAGUAGUGAGGCGACGCGGUUAUUAGUGGCAAAGGUUGCCAUUUUUUUAGUGGGAUAUAAUCGUGUGUGGUGAUAUCAGGGCGUGAUCUCAGUGCUCCGAGUUGCUUUGAGUCCGAGUCGGGGGCAGUGUUGAGAUGCAACUAGUGUCAGUGAGCUCGAGGUAAUAGCAGUGCGUGUUGUGGUCGUGGUGACGUGAUGAUGCGGUCGCAGUGAGGGGGCAGAGCGACACCACGGCUUCGUCAGUGGCGGGCGGCGCGCGGGGAGCCGAGUCUCCUUCGCAGCCCAACCAAGACACGGUGGACAACGCCACACCCACCUGCUGCAGAACUGAUCAGGAACACGAUCAGGCUUCAAGGAAACAGGGGUGGGCGGCGUGGUCGGCAAUGGGAUGCUUCGGCUCGCCAGGCGGCAAGAGCAGCGAAGACGAUGCGAAGAAACAGAAGCGUCGCAGCGAUGCCAUCACCAAGCAGCUGCAAAAGGAUAAGCAGCUAUAUCGCGCGACGCACCGGCUCCUGCUGCUGGGCGCGGGCGAGUCGGGCAAGUCGACCAUCGUGAAACAGAUGCGCAUCCUGCACGUCAACGGCUUCUCCGACAAGGAGCGCCGGGAGAAGAUCGAGGACAUCAAGAAGAAUAUUAGAGAUGCUAUACUUACAAUCACGGGCGCGAUGAGCACCCUCACGCCCCCUAUACCGCUUGAAAAACCUGAGAAUAAGGCGCGCGUCGAUUAUAUACAGGACGUGGCGUCGCAGCCCGACUUCGACUACCCGAUGGAGUUCUACGAGCACACGGAGGCGCUGUGGCAGGACGCCGGCGUGCAGCGCACCUACGAGCGCAGCAACGAGUACCAGCUCAUCGACUGCGCCAAGUAUUUCCUGGAUCAGGUGCAUAUAAUAAAGCAGCCGAACUACACUCCGACGGAGCAGGACAUCCUCCGCUGCCGAGUGCUCACAUCCGGCAUCUUCGAGACGCAGUUCGUCGUCGAUAAAGUCAAUUUCCACAUGUUCGACGUGGGCGGGCAACGCGACGAGCGUCGCAAGUGGAUCCAGUGCUUCAACGACGUGACGGCCAUCAUCUUCGUGACGGCCUGCUCCUCCUACAACAUGGUGCUGCGCGAGGACCCCACGCAGAACCGGCUACGGGAGUCGCUCGACCUCUUCAAGAGCAUAUGGAACAAUAGAUGGCUGCGCACGAUCUCAGUGAUCCUGUUCCUGAACAAGCAGGACCUGCUGGCGGAGAAGGUGCUGGCGGGCAAGUCGCGGCUCGAGGAGUACUUCGCGGACUUCGCGCGCUACUCCACGCCGCCCGACGCGCUGCCCGACCCCCGGGACCACCCCGACGUCGCGCGCGCCAAGUACUUCAUACGGGACGAGUUCCUUCGUAUAAGCACGGCGAGCGGCGACGGCAAGCACUACUGCUACCCCCACUUCACGUGCGCCGUGGACACGGAGAACAUCAAGCGCGUGUUCAACGACUGCCGCGACAUCAUACAGCGGAUGCAUCUGCGCCAGUACGAACUGCUCUAACCUGCACCCGCGCCCAAAACGCUUGUGCGGUUACUCGGUAGGCCCGCAACUCCAAUGUCCCGAUCAGCAAUACAUACAACGUAUGGCCGUGAGUCCCCUCGUAUCUACCGCCCGUAGCGAUAUCUCCGUAUCGAUACCAUCGCCACGCAUCGCCACACGUAUAUACUAUACAAUACAUACGGUAUAUAUACCUGAGGAUCUUUUUCUAGAAAUAUUUUCCUUCUAAUUAUCUCAAAAACCUCAAUCUCGAAUAUUUUCGAAGAGAUACCUAAUAAAACGUAUCUUUGAAUAUUUUUUACUAUACUACGAAAUCUUAAAGACUACUAGGCGAUGUUUUUAGGCGAUUCUGGUAUCGAUUACGAAGCGAUUAUCGAUAUGUACGCGGCUAGCGAUGUUCCCAUGGUGUUUCCGAACGUCAGAGUUCCCAAAACGCUGGCAACUUUAGUCGAUUUUAUGUGAGAAUUUACUAAAUAUGGUUUUUAAAACAUUGAUUGUUAAUUUUGUUGUUUCGGUUGAAUAGUGCCACUAUGUGUCGCGGUACUGACAAGCCAUAUGCAAUGAACUAGCAAAUUCUAUUCUAAAAUAAACACUUUAGUGUAACUAAGUCCAAUAAGUACCAUAAGACACAUAGUGACACUAUUAACCCAUAGACUUUUAGUAAGUUGUCACCUUAGUCGAUUUUGUGAACGCACAUCACUACGUUGCUUAUUCCCGUAGUGAUGUGACGUUGUCGGGUCUAUUGGGUUGUGACGUGAUUCGACUAAAUUCGACAGCUCGAUUAUGUAGCGUGGAAUUUUCGAUAAUUCGCCAGUUAUGUUUAUAUUGUAUCGAUAUAUUUAGUCGAUCGGUCUAUUUACCGAUAUAUUUAUAUCAGUUGACACAAAAUGGUACUUAUAAGUUGUUCUUAAUUCUUAUUAUAAUUAUUUGCUUCAAGAUUCUAUUAUAAAUUGAUAGUUGUUGAUUUUAAUUAUAUCUUUAUUGUUUAAUUAUUAACUUAUAUACAUUAUAAUCAUGCGAUAUUCACAUUUAGUGCUGGGUUACGUCAGUAUGUAGUCGAUGGCAUUUUAUUAAAUGUUGUAAUCGACUAAAUCGUUUGGGAACGAGAAUCGACUAAUCGCGUCGUAAAAACAUACUACUAGUGAUGUAGUUCGGGUAUAUGUUUAGUCGAUUGUAUGGGUAUGAGAGUCUAGAAUCUAGAUUUUGGUCUAAAUUAGACUGGAUUGUAAAGGUGUGAGCGACCCGGAUAGGAAGCGGUGACGACACGGCGACGGUACGAUAACUACAAAGCAUAAAUUCUGAAAAACCUAUAAAAAAAACAGUCAUAUAUGGGUUAUAGACUCGUCUAGAGAGUAAAAAUCUACAAUGAAAUACGUAAAUGUAUCAAUAAUUAUACAAAAUGAAACAUUUCAUACAUAAAUAUGAGCUAUAGAAAGUACCGUCGACGCCCGCGCCGUUGAAAAGUUCUAGAAACAGUUUUAUAUUAAGGAUCAUCGAGGCUAGACCAAUAGUAUUCACUUUCUGUCAAAUACACAAGCUUAUUUAGGUUUUAAGCUUAAUUUGGGACUAGCUAGGCUAUGCAUAAUAUCUAGAUUUAUCUAGAUUACCACUUUAAUUCAUCAUUUUUGGAAAAAAUCUGACUAAAAUUAUAUACACUUCUGUCUUACCUCUUAAAUGGUAUAUGCGUGAUGUUUUGUCAAGUUUCUUUUGGCUAUGGUAGAGAUUGACUGUUAUUAGCAAGAUUCAAUUUUAAUUUCCAAAAAUGGUGUGGAAAAAUUUGGUGUUGAUAAACAGAAUAUGCAUAUCCUAUAUUACAUGGGAGUUAUAACAUAAUUGGCAGUAGAUGGGUGUUACAUUUCAUUAUGUAACAAGUUUUCAAGAAUAUAAUGAAGUAAUAGAAAUGUUUUUUUUUAUGUUCCCCAAAGGGUAUUAAAGUCCCAAGUCAAUAGGCUGCUUUAUAUGAGUGCUCCAUCGUAGGCCUCAUCAUUGCUUACCACCAAGCGAGAGAGUGGCCAAACGUCAACCCAUUACAUAUUUAAAAAAAACUAACGUCUGCCAGCUUCGACUUCGCCCGCGUUCGCGGAUAAAAAGUAUCCUAUCACCCAAGUCAACUCAUACCCUGUCUGUAUACUAAAUUUCAUCAAAAUCCGUUGAGUAGUUUCAGCGUGAUUGACGGACAAACAUCCAAACUUUCACAUUUAUAAUAUUAUAUAGUGUGAUUGCUGUAAGUAAAAUAUUUUCCAAAAUAUGCAUAGUUUUUAGCUGUCCCAGGCAACCGAGCGCAAUUUUCAUUAUGCUCAAGUUAGGCCAAAUUUAUAUUCUUUAUUUAUUGUUAAACGAAUAAAAUCUGAAUCGUUUUUAAUUUAUAGUGAAAUUAUACAAAGUAUAGCCAUGUUUUUUAGAACAAAACGAAUGAGUUUAUUCCUACAUUAUUUAUCUGUAUAUUUUUGAUUGCAGACUUUUUGGGGGCACUAAUGUGUUAUUUAAAAUCUUUUAAAAUCAUGCGCGAAUAAAAUUUUUACAAGGUAAAUGAAAUAUAGACGAGUUAUUUAACAGAAUGUCGAUCUUUUUAUUUAUUUAUUCAGACGGUAAAAUGUUUAUAAUACGAAUUAAUAACGAAAUUCGAUAAAUGAAAAAGCUAAAUGGCGCGGAAACACAAAAGUGCACGUUUUUAUUUAGUUUUAACUAAAUAGUUUUUAAUUUAAUUGAGAGAAGCAUUUUAUUUUAUUUUAUUUUCAAAUGUACGUCUUCCAUGUUUUAGGGUUCUCCCUGUUUAUGUAUAUGUAUAUUUAAUUUCGUUGAUAGCACAAAUUUUUUGACUAAAAUAAAAAUGUAACAUAAUAGUGCUUUUUUUAGUUUUAGUAACCUAGUUUUUAAUAUUUUAGUGUUGAGCUUUUAGGUAAAUAAGGUCCAAAGAUGCGGCCGUAUCUAAUACGGCCGGCAGAAUAUCAAUAUUUUAGCAGUAUUUGAGUUUAAAAAAAUAUUUUCAAAGAUUAUAUACUAUUUUUUUUUUUCGUUUAUAAGGUGGACACAAUUUUAGCCUCUAAGUACAAAGAUUACUAACCUAUCCUAACAUUAAUUUACUAAAUAGAAUUACCAUUAUUUAUAUUUAAAAAGGAAUAUUAAAAAUUUGGUUUAUGUACUUACACCUUGUGCUAUUUUAAGAGAUACGUUUAAAAGAAAUACAAAAAUGAUCUAUUUUAUCGUUAGAGACGAAUCUUAAUAUAUUUUUGAUUUAGUGACUUUAUUUCCCGUUUUAGGUAAUUUUGGCAACUUUUGGGCGACAGGAGUGGUACACUAAGUGGCUAGACUAUCGUUCUACUUCCAUUCCACUGAAACAUUGUAAAAUAUCUAAGCGAUUUUCAUAGUAGCAGCGAUAGUUGCCCCACUGUUGCCCAACUGUCGCCCAACUUGUUGCUUUGUAGUGAGUAACCAAUUUUUGGCUAUUCUCAAGUGGCUUUUAGUACCAAAUUGUUAUUUCUUAGAGCAAAACACUGGUUAUAUGAAAUCUUAUUAUGUGUUACCUAUAACGGUGGAAUAAUAUAAAUUGUUAAUAUAUAAUUUGUUAAAAAUGGUCCUUAAUAUAAGAAAGUUAAGCUGGAGUUUGUGUUAUGUGCCAUAAAUGUAGUGUUGCCAGCGGAAACACCAUAUCCUAUGUUACCAUACUAAAAAAAAAACUGAAAAUAAUUCCUUCCUUCGUAUCAUUAUGUAAAGUAACAAAAAAUCGCUAUUUUUUGCUUUCUAAUCGUAACACUGUCGUUAUAAUAAUUAUUUUUUAAAUAUAACUAAAUAUAUUGAAAUUGUAUUUUUUCUUUUUUUUGUGUUAUAUAAGUUUCACUUUAAAUGUAAGUAGAAGAGAAUAUAACGUACAUUUAAAAUAUUAAAUGAAACUAUAUGUUAAUUCAUAUGUCGUAUAGAGGUUACCACGGUUGGCCGCCUGUCAAUUAUGGGCGAAUUUUGAUUAUGUGAAACGACUUCGGUGGCAUAGAAACAUAAAACCAAAAAGUUUAAUCGAAAUAAUCCAGACCUUAAGUAAAUAUCGUUGAAAAAACAACUCUAUUUGAUGAAGAAUAAGGUAUUUUGUUCAAAAUGUCACCGUAUGUCGUUAUAUCGUGCAAUAAGGUGACCUCUAUACAAAUCACAUCACCAUAGGAUCAUUGUAAUUAUAAAUUAACAUGGCAUUCUUUAUUAUAUAUGUAAAAUUUGAAAAAAAAAGUACUAUUUGGUAGCUAUUUAAGUAAGUAAUAGUGUAUCGCAAAUAAAAUGGAUUGCAAAAGUAACAAAAAAAGGUAUAUUAUAAUAUUGUAGACUGCUAAAAUUUGGGUCAUUUCUAUCUUGCAGUGCCACGGUAGUCGGAUCUGUUCGGGCUGAGACACGACUUUUACGACUAAACCAACCAUUUAUACGACUCUAAAAUCAUGUUUGUGAAGAAUUUCUUUUGUAUAGUCAGUAUAUCUUUAUUUAUACAUGUCAAUGUACUGUUAUUUGCUAAAAAAUCAAACGAAUUUUAAUGAAAUCAGACAAUUUGGGGUAAUUAUUAUUAUAUGAUAUUUAUUAUUGACAUAAUCACAAUGUUAUUUUUGAAAUGUAAUGUUUACUAUUUUAAGUACUUUUUGGUACUGGUCGUAAAAGUUGUGGUUCAGUAAAAGGAACAUACUGUCAUUUCGAUCUUAUGCACAAAUUAAUUUUGAAACUGACUUAUUGGUAGGCCCGGUACUUAGUGGGAGUUUUUCAUAACUAGACAUUGUUUACUUGUAAUAAUUAAUAUUAUUAUUUUUAAAUGCAAAGGGCUCUUGGAAUUGAAAACGAAUAAGCUAAGAUGGUAAUUAACUAAGUCAAGUGAAGUUUUUUAACAGUUUUUUUUUUAAUAUUUGUUUUUUUUCUUCUAGUUAUGUAAAAUGAUCACCAGUAAAGCGGCGCCGGGCUAAGCUUUCAUAUAAAAGUACACGACUUAGGAAAUAUCACAAUUAAUAGAGAAAGCACGUGAAUUUUUUAUAUUAAUUUGUAUAGUUACGCCUCAGUUCGACUAGCUGUUUAGUUGACUAAACAAUGUUUAUACAAACGCCACUAAGCUCACAAUAUUUUCGGUUGUUUAUACUUCAAAGACUUAAAAAUAAUACGUAAUCAAUUUAGUUUUCAAUGUUUUUUAUAAUAUCUGUGCAGUAUCCGCGAUUUUUUACUCGGGUCGACCGAUUCUCUGUUUUUCCACUGUACAUACGGCGUUAGAUCAUUUUUAGGGGUAUUUCGUCCAUAUUUAAAAAUGAGUUUUUGAACUAAAUGUUUUUAAACUAGAUGGUAAAUUGCGAAUAGUGAACAUUCAAUGCUUGAGGUGUCAGCUAGGAAGGGUCCCCUAAAAUAUCGACGUGGCAAACUAUAUGAACAUAUUGAACAUUGUAUAUUGCUAUCCCUCCCUCCUCCUUUACGAUUUAAGUGAAUGCAAUAACAUGUGAGUCAUUGUAACGUGUAUAAAGGUAGCUUAGAAAAUAAUUUUCUAUGUUUUUCAAUAUUUAGAUGACGUGCCGGCAGUAUGAGCAUGUCAUCGACUCGUUCAUAUAUCGUGUCGCCGCAAACAUUGUCGACGUAGCGUUUCACUUUGUUUUGCGUGAAUCCUUGACUCGUAGUAUCGUCACGUCCGUUGCCAAUAACCAAAUAGUAUUGAGAAAUUCCUCCUUUUUUAAUAUAUCUUCAUAGUAGUGAUAAGUGAAUGUACUUGCGCACAAUACGUAUGUGAGGACGGUGUCGAGUACCCUUUUGUUUACAAAGCGCAGCGUGCCGGCGUACGACUGCAAAUAUUUUUGGUAACGUUAUACCUAUACCUCGUCGCAUCUCUCUCGCUAAUCGAUCAACGCAUUUAAUUAGUGCUCAUAGAUUUCUUUCCAUUGUAGCACAAAAAUAAAAUAAUAAAAACGUAUUUUUCUCUCAAUUUUGGGUAGUUAAUUUUUUAAUAGAUAUUUUAUAGCAUAGCUCAAAUUCACUGUUUGUUUAGAAUCGGUAUUCAGCAGCACUCGCAUUGUGUUACCGGCGGACUGCGGAUUGUGGUGUAUUUAAUCUUAAUACCUACGUUUAAUGAUAUACUGAAAAUCUAUAUUUUUAACAAAUUUAAUUUAAAAAAUAUACCUAAUUAAUGAAAUUCCUAAAGAUAAAAAUGAAAUUUUUAAUAUUUAUGUGUAUAGUAGUGUGUACUGCGAGGUGAUUAUUAAAUAACAAACGCUUGAGUUACAUGUCUCCACAGAUUCGUGCAAAGAGAAUAUAAUUUACUGUCCAUGAAAUUAAUAAUAUUCUAUAACUGAUGUGUACAAAAAUCAGUAUGUUUCAGGCAUUUUGAAUCCGACUUAAUGUAUGUAAAAAUAAAUGUUGUUUUAAAA